UUUUUAGUAUAUACAAAUGGCCGAAUCAACUGAAUUUCGCUGCGAUUACUGUAAUUUUGUAUGUUGCAGCGGACAAAGUAAGCUUUUUUUUGAUCACUUGGUUAAAAUACACUCAAACGAGCCGAAUUUCAAGAUAUUUUGUAACAGCUGUCCACGGUCGUUUACAAAGAUAAACAGUCUCCAAAAACAUUAUUACAGACAGCAUAAGGCUUUAACAGUGGAAGAAGACUUAAAUGAUGGGGAAAAUGAGAACCAUUUUCAGGAGAUGUUUGACGAGGGAGAAGCACGAAGUCUAAUGCAACGCCAUGCUGCCAAAUUCCUUUUAUGUUCCAAAACAAGAGGUAUGCUCACCCAGAGUGCCGUGGACUUGGUCAAAGAUUCAGCGAAAAAUCUACUAACUGAGUAUUUGGACAUAGUCAAAAAAUCGCUUGUCGAAAAGAUAAACAGUAAUCCUGGUCAAGAAUUGCAAUUUGACCAAGAUGUGGAAAAGUUAUUUUCAGCAGAGAGUGUCUUCGACGGAGUUGAUUCAGAAUACCAACAAAGAUCAUAUUUUAAGCGUCAUUUCAAUUUGGUGGUAAAUUACCAACCUACCAAACCUGAACCAGCUGCCAGCUUUGUCAGCUUGCUUUAUAUUUUUUUAACUGAUUUGCAGGAACCAAUAGAAGUUGAGAUGGGAAAACAGUGGAGAAGUGAUUUUCGACAAGGGAGAAAAAUACUUAAACGUGUCACAGUUUUUGGUUAUCAAGUUCCAUUAUUAAAGACUUUGGAGGCACUUCUUCAAAACCCAGAUGUUUUAAAGGAAGUUGAAAAUCCACAUUUUUCAUGUGAUGGUGUUCUUCGAGAUGUAAUGGAUGGGGAUUUUUUCAAGAGUCAUCCAGUAUUCUCCCUCCACAGUGAUGCCCUGCAGCUGUUGGGCUAUUAUGAUGAUCUAGAAAUAGCCAAUCCUUUAGGUUCAAAAGCAAAGAUUCAUAAAAUUGGUGUCUUUUACUUUGUGCUGGGCAAUAUAAGGCCAAUGUUUAGAUCAAGCAUCCGCAGUAUACAACUUAUAGCUAUUGCUAAAACAAAAGACAUCAAGUCAUUUGGGAUCGAUAAUCUUUUGAUGCCAUUCAUUGAGGAUGUCAAUUGUUUGGCGAAGGCUAAUGGUCACUGUUUUACCAUAAAUGGUGUUGCCCGUGUGUUUCGAGGUGAUCUGUUAUUGUGGACUGGAGAUACACUUGGUAGCAACUAUGUCAGUGGUUUAAAGGAAGGUGUUGGAGGAGCAUUGCGAAUUUGUAGGCAUUGUAUGGGAACAAGACUGGAGACCAACAAUAAGUUUUUAUCUGAAGACUUUUCAGAAAGAGAUUUGGAUAAUCACAGACAAAUAUGUGCAUGUAUUGAAGAUGAAGAUAAUGCAUUAAACAUCCGUGAACAACUUUCCACAACCUAUGGGGUAAACAGAUUAAGUGUGUUGGAUAAGGUGCAACAUUUUGAUGUUUGCAUUUGCAUUCCUGAAGAUAUAAUGCAUAUAUUUUUGGAUGGCUUGGUACCCUAUGAAACAAAGUUGAUGCUGAAGUAUCUGAUUGAUGAAAGCAGAUGUAUCACACUCAAAGAGUUAAAUCGGAGGAUUGAAAACUUUGAUUAUGGAUACAUGAACAAAAAGAAUAAGCCAACUGCAACUAACAGGGAAACAAUCAAUGGUGUCACUGAAGCUAAGCUUAAACAAUCAGGUACAUAUACUUUUAAAACCCUUUCUUUCACUGCAGUCAUUGGGAAAGUAUUAACUAAUUUAUAUGUCUUGCUUUAUGCAGCCUAAUUGUCUUGAACUACCAAAUGUAGACUUCAAAUUUGUACUUCUCCAGGAAUAACAAAGGCUGAUGCUGCCUAUUUGAAAGUUAUGAUUAAUGAUCAUCACAAAAUGUUCAAAAAUCUCUACCCUAAUGCAUCCAUAAUUCCAAAAAUGCAUUAUCUUAUACAUAUACCUGAUGAAAUUGUUAGGUAAAAAAUUAUUGAUGUAAAAGUUACUUCCAAAUUAUUUUUGAGUUUAGAGAACAUCAUCCUAUUAAAUUAUUGAUGAUUAUAAUUAAAUGUUUGCGUUGUAGGUUUGGGCCACCUAGAAAUAUCUGGACCAUGAGAUUUGAGGCUAAACACAGUUUCCUGAAAAGUUCAAUUACCAAGAACUUUAAAAAUGUCCCCAAAUCACUUGCAUUUUCCCAUCAAAGGUAUAUAUUUUUUAAAAUCAUUGUGCACAAUUAGAUUGACUUGUAUUCCACCCCUCUAAAGUAGCUGUGUUUUAUCACUCUAGGCUUAAUUUUGAAUAAAUGUGUAGAUUUGUGUAUUUCAAUUAUACAUUUUUUACAGAAUUGUGUAUUUAUCAUACUAAUCAUGGUGUAAUUGUUUUUUAUUUAGGAACAUGUGCUGGAACCUUCUGAG